GUCCCAAUAUUGUAAAACAAACAGCGUCGUGCACAACUUUGUGUAAAGAGGGCAGCAAGAAAUGGCGGUACCAGGAAGACGCAACGGUCUGAUCGACGAAGACGAUGACGAUGAAAUAGCUCUUUUCGAAGAAGACGGUGUUUUCCCUCAACCUGAUUCCGAUGUUCCUCCUCAUCUCCGUCAACUCGCCGCCGCCGCCGAGCAAGGCGACGCUCCCGCCCUUCGUCAAGCUCUCGAUAAUCUGCCUGGCAGCAUUGAUGAACCACUUGAAGAUGGAGACACUGCUCUUCAUCUUGCUUGCCUUUAUGGCCAUCUGCCUUGUGUCCAGAUUCUGUUGGAGAGAGGGGCUUCUCUGGAGUCUAAAGAUGAAGAUGGUGCAAUACCUUUGCAUGAUGCUUGUGCAGGAGGAUAUACAGAGAUUGUGCAACUUCUUUUUAAUAAAGCGAAUGAUGUGGAUUUUGUGAAGAGAAUGCUCGAGUCAGUUGAUGUAGAGGGUGAUACUCCUCUUCAUCAUGCGGCGAGGGGUGAGCAUGUAAAUGUUAUUAUGUUGCUGCUAGCUAAUGGAGCUUCUCCAACUAAGACCAAUAGUUGUGGACAGAUCCCAAGUGAGCUAGCUGAUCCAGAAACAGAUGCUCGAGGAAUUUUGGCCAAUGCUGCAGGCAUAUCUGUGGCUUAAUAUGAAAUGGGGGCACUUAAAACCAGAGCCAGCUAUAUGUUUAUAUGGAUUUGAGAAACAGAAAUAGUUAAGUAUUACUCUCUUUGUUUCCAUAUAGUGCCAGUUUGGAUACUCCCAAUUUUGACUAAUCACCCCCCUCUGUUAAGCUGGGGUGAGGUUAGUGCUCUAGUGUUUGAAAUGAUUUGUAUGGACAAUUUUUUAAAAUUGCAUAUAAGUGGGUCAAAUUGGAUACAUGCAGAUAAUCAGAUUUUUGUUAA